AUGUACAUCUAUGUGCAUGCACGUGUGAGUGUAAUCUGCCGUGUAAGAGUUCUGUUCUUGGUGUGCACACGAGUGUGGGUAUACACGUCUGCAUGGUGUGUGCGUGAGACAGACACCGAGGAGCUGGGAAUGAGGGAGGAGGAGACCCUGACGUUUCUCCCAUUGUUAACAAGAGACCCCAACUGGCCUCCCAAAGCCGCCCCUCUGCCGGUGCCCCGCCCGAGGCCCGGAGGCCCCGCCUGCUCCUGGAACUGGGCUCUUGCUAAGUUCGUGCCCCCAGGCAGCACGGCCACGGGCCGAAGGUGCUUGCGAUCCCGGAGGCUUGUUGGCUUGUUGGCUGCCUUUCGAGGACUCGGGAAGACAGGUCCGAGGGUCCCUUCUCCAGGUUUCCAAGGGCAUUUCCGCUCAGGUCUGGGGCCGAGCUUGGCAGAGGCCUCGCCUGGGGAAGAGGAGCCAGGGUGCCUGGGUCUCUGCUGGCCGGAGGGCCAUCCAGCGGUCACAACCUCAUUGCCCCGGUGGUCUCCCGGUGCGUGGCCAGGAUGGUGGCGGGUCCCAGUGCGUAACCGCUCCAACCUGCCCAGCCUGGCAGCGGGGGGCCUGCCGGGAUGGGUCCUCCCUCCCGCCCUCUGA